AUGACGACUUCCGCUAUCCCAGAGGGAGUCACUCCUCAUACUCCAUCUUCAACUUCCUCAUCGUCUCCAACCAAGCAACAGCCGGACGAAGUUCCAACUACUUCAGCUACUGGAACAGCGCCCCCGUACUCCCCAAUCUAUGCAACCGCUCAACCAGGGGCACAGCCUACCCUCGCUGCACCGACGUCUUUGACCGGAGCGCUUUAUACCCCCAGCGCAACCAGCACCGCAGCAAGUAUGUCCGAAAGCACAAGCACCUCGCCGCCACCACCACAGCCAGGCGCCCGUCCCGAGCCAGGGCCGCCCCCGAUGACAGAUCCUGCCUCUGCGCGGUCAGUUGCAGUCGCGCCGCCCCCUCAAGCGGGCGAUGUUCCCCAGCCGCCGCCGCAGGCGCCCAGUACCACCGCCCCGAUCACACAGGCUCCUCCCUCGAAUCCAGUCUCGUAUGGCUACGGGUAUAGUUACAAUGCUGCCACCCAGCCCCAGGCGCAGCCCGUUCCGAACUCUACGACGACGCCCUACACGUCUGUUUACUCCGGAGCGACAAAUGCGUCGUACGGCGCGGGCCCUUCGUCCGGACAGCUGCCACUGCAUUAUAAUCCGGGCUCCACGGGGAUGGUGGACACCGACGUUGGCGAGCAGACCUUCUACGAGAGUGCGAAGUCGUGGUUCCAAUCGGCGGGGAACAAAUUGGCAGAGGUGGAGGCUGAGGUCUGGAGGCGGAUUAAUGAAGCUCAUGAUAAAUAG